CCCCGGAAGUUCGGGCGUGCGCAGAGCCCGGUGCGCUUUGCGACAGAGCCGUAAAGGCGCGCGGGAACAUGGGGCUGUACGCUGUCGCGGCAGGCGUGCUGGCAGGCGUGGAGAACCGCCAGGGCUCCAUCAAGGGGCUGGUGUACUCCAGCAACUUCCAGAACGUGAAGCAGCUGUACGCGCUGGUGUGCGAAACGCAGCGCUACUCCGCCGUGCUGGAUGCCGUAAUCGCCAGCGCCGGCCUCCUCCGUGCGGAGAAGAAGCUGCGGCCGCACCUGGCCAAGGUGCUAGUGUAUGAGUUGUUGUUGGGAAAGGGCUUUCGAGGUGGUGGGGGCCGAUGGAAGGCUCUAUUGGGCCGGCACCAGGCGAGGCUCAAGGCUGAGUUGGCUCGGCUUAAGGUUCAUCGGGGUGUGAGCCGGAAUGAGGACCUGUUGGAAGUGGGAUCCAGGCCUGGUCCAGGUGAGCUGGAAGGAGUUGGGGGUCGGGGAGGCGGGGAACUUUGCUUCUGUCUACUCACUGCUCAUUGCGUCCUAGUCUCCCAGCUGCCUCGAUUUGUGCGUGUGAAUACUCUCAAGACCUGCUCCGAUGAUGUAGUUGAUUAUUUCAAGAGACAAGGUUUCUCCUAUCAGGGUCGGGCUUCCAGCCUCGACGACUUACGAGCCCUCAAGGGGAAGCAUUUUCUCCUGGACCCCUUGAUGCCGGAGCUGCUGGUAUUUCCCGCCCAGACAGAUCUGCAUGAACAUCCACUGUACCGGGCCGGACACCUCAUUCUGCAGGACAGGGCAAGCUGUCUCCCAGCCAUGCUGCUGAACCCUCCGCCAGGCUCCCAUGUCAUUGAUGCCUGUGCCGCCCCAGGCAAUAAGACCAGUCACUUGGCUGCUCUUCUGAAGAACCAAGGGAAGAUCUUUGCCUUUGACCUGGAUGCCAAGCGGCUGGCAUCAAUGGCCACGCUGCUGGCCCGGGCUGGCAUCUCCUGCUGUGAGCUGGCUGAGGAGGACUUCCUGGCGGUCUCCCCCUCAGACCCACGCUACCGUGAGGUCCACUAUAUCCUGCUGGAUCCUUCCUGCAGUGGCUCAGGUAUGCCGAGCAGACAGCUGGAGGAGCCCGGGGCAGGCACACCUAGCCCGGCGCGUCUGCAUGCCCUGGCGGGGUUCCAGCAGCGAGCCCUGUGCCACGCGCUCACUUUCCCUUCCCUGAAGCGGCUCAUCUACUCCACGUGCUCCCUCUGCCAGGAGGAGAAUGAAGACGUGGUGCGAGAUGCGCUGCAGCAGAACCCUGGUGCCUUCAGGCUAGCUCCUGCCCUGCCUGCCUGGCCCCACCGAGGCCUGAGCACAUUCCCUGGUGCCAAGCACUGCCUCCGGGCCUCCCCUGAGACCACGCUCAGCGGUGGCUUCUUCAUAGCCGUAAUUGAACGGGUCGAGGCGCCAAGUUCAGCCUCACAGGCCAAAGCAUCAGCACCAGAAUGCACACCCAGCCCAGCCCCAAAGAGAAAGAAGAGACAGCAAAAAGCUGGAGCCGGUGCUUGCACGCCGCCUUGCACAUAGCAGCGGCUUCGGGUUGACUCCUUCCUGGUAGGAAAGGAAGACGCCCGUCCUCUCCGUGGAGGACCCUGGGCCCUCACCGCAUGCAGCAGUUUGGGUUUUGAAAGGUUAUUGGGUCCUUUCCUUGGGCUGUGUUCUUGCUGGUGAGAAAAGUGCCUGCAGAAAUAAAAUAAAAUGCAGAACGUACUCUA